CGAUGCACCGCGUCCCGUCACUGGUCUCCAACAGUCGUCACUCCAGCGUUUAUACAGGCCAAUCGCCUCGUACGCGCGAGCAGCGGUGCACCGCUUUGGCGGAGUCCUUACCGAGGACGUGCAUCGCUGAAUAAACAGAACGAAACUGGCGGCUUGAAAAUGGAAACGUAAACAAUAUCGGCAGGGGGAAACAGUGUGGUGUUCUUAGGCACGCCACCGUAGAAGAAUUAUAGCCACACUGUGUAUAAGAGAGGCUAUCUGCCCCCAUGUCUUCCCCUGCCAACCGCAGAUCUUCAGGAUCACGCAGAUUCAACCCCCUGAAGGCACUGCAGCCGAAACGCCGCUUGCAGCAAAUGUCGCCAUCCCCCUCCCCUCCAGCUUUUGACUAUUGCAGGUUCAUAGAGCUAGACUACAUUCCCAUGGAGACAGGCUUUAUGGUUUCAAUGCGCCAAAGUCGUGGAUUUCUCACCCCACAAACGCCGGAGCGUCACAAGCGACGCACACCUGCCCCAGCCAGCUCCAGGGAUCCCUAUGGCAACUCCUCUAUCAGCAGCAGCACCUCAGGGUCCUGCAAGGGCAGUGAUGGAAGUCCUACACCCAGGCGUCACAUGAAGUACUCCUCCUCCUGCACUGAUAACCAUGGGAUCCGGCCCCCGCCCCCCGAGCAGUACCUUACUCCCCUGCAGCAGAAGGAGGUGUGCAUCCGUCACCUGAGAGCCCGACUGAAGGAGACCAUCGACAGGCUGCAGAACAGGGACUCUGAGAUCGACGAGCUCAGGACGCAGCUCUCCCGCAUGCAGGAGGACUGGAUCGAGGAGGAGUGCCACCGCGUGGAGGCACAGCUGGCCCUGAAGGAGGCGCGGAAGGAGAUCCAGCAGCUGAAGCAGGUGAUCGACGUGGUGCGGGCGAACCUGAGCGACACGGACACGGGCGCUGUGCAGCAGUACUUCCAGGACAUCAACGUGCAGAACCUGAAGCUGGAGUCGCUGCUGUGCAGCAUGGAGCUGGCGCAGAACGGCGCGGCCAAGGACGAGGAGGCGGCGGGGGCCGGGGCCCGCACGGGGCCGGGGGCCGGCCUGUCGCGGUCCUGCGAGGGCUCCCCGGCCCACUCGGUCACCCGCAGCUCCACCUACACCAAGCUGAGCGAGCAGCUGGCCGACAGCAACGGCAACGCGCCCGACUUCCCCAGCCUGUCCGGAGAGGAGACCCAGGACAGCGGCUGCGUCUGUGGGGACAGCCGGGCCGACCUGCUGCUGGAGGCCGCCUUCCUGUCGGAGGAGACGGCCUCCCUGCUCAGCACCUACUCCCGCAUGCCGCACUCCUCCACCUACGAGAAGCUGUACACCGUGGAGAAGGUGCUGCCCCGGAGGUGCAGCAGCAGCAGCAGCAGCAGCAGCCACCCCUGCCUCUCCCACCACCACCUCUUCCUCCACCACCUCAGGGAGCAAGCCAUCCAGACGGACUGCGGCCCCGCCUACAACCCCGACCUGGACCCAAUCAACGAGAAGGCGUUCAAGUCCCAGGCCUGCAGCCCGACUUCCACCUGGAUCUCCGAGGAGGGGGAGGACUUUGACACCAUCACCAUGGCGAGCAUCGCCGCGGCCGAACCUGCGCCUCCCCCGCUGCCCUCCUCCCAGUCCUGCGCCUGCAUAGAGCUGCCCUCCCUGGAGGACGAGGAGGCGGCGCCCCAGACCUGCCAGCCCCGGAGCGGCACGCCGCUGGCCGAGCAGGGCGGGGUGACGGUGGUGGAGGUAGAGGAGGAUGAUGAGGAGGAGCUGGAGGAGGAGAAAGGAGAAGGGGCGACGGGCGUGGCAGAGGAGGACGAGGACGAGGCCGCCGCGUCCACCUCGGAGCCCCCCCAGAGGAGCUACUGGAGCCGCCACUUCCUGGUGGACCUGCUGGCCGUGGCCAUGCCCGUGGUUCCUGCCAUGGCCUGGCUGUGCCGCGCGCCUCGCAGAGAAGGCCAGCCCGUCUACAACAUCGGCUCUCUGCUGCGCGGCUGCUGCACCGUCGCCCUGCACUCCCUGCGCCGGGGCGGCAGCAACUGGCACUACCCCGCCGGGACCGGAGGAGACCGGGGCGCUCCGAUCUGAGCCUGCUCCCGACCCCAACGUCCCCACCGCCCACCGCUCUUUUCACCCCCAAACCAUUCCACUUCUCUACUUGAAAGAAGGAAGGGUACCAAAUGAAUGUCUGUGGAUCGGGUACCUACGCUCUCUACAUAAGUAAGCCCUUCCUGACUCUGGACUCUGUUGACCUUUGACCCAUCUCUCAAAUGUCCUGGACUGCACCCACCUGCCAGCCUCUCUUCCCCUCCUUCAGGUCUGCAUGGAGACCAGGAAUUGGGAGACUCAGAUUAAAACAUCCUACUAAUGUACAGCGAUACAGGUCUGUCUUUCUAGUUGUUGGUCUGUGUCUGUUCACUUGUGUUUCAUGUUCAGCCAAUCCCUGUGAGUGUGUGGGUGUGUGUAUGUAACUUCAGGCUGAGAAUUAUGUAGCCAAAGCAACCAGAUGAUGAUCCUUUUGUUGCUGUGAUGAUGAUAUAGAGUGUCUGACUGCACUUUUUUGAGUCUCGGGGUCACUGAGGACACGGAACACUGUCACUGACUCCAUCUUGAUCGGUGGUUUUUCACCUUCACGAUCAUACUCCUAGUCAGCAAUCCACUUGUGUGCCAGACCAAAUCCAAAAUGUCAAGUAUACGCACCGGGGAAGCAUUUUGAGCAGGAAAACACACGCACCCAUGUUGGUGUGUAUUGUUAGUGACUGAAUGUCAGCCUUUAUUUUUUUCUUCCUAUUGAUCAGGAAGGAAGGAGCAUGAGGAGAAAAGGAGCAGUUAUAAAUUAGUAAUAUUUUAGUGAACUAUAAGGCUGUCAAGCAGCAAAUGUCCCGUGUUUGCUUUUUAUUGUCACACUUUGUGCGAACAUGAAUGUAGAUGUAAUGCUAAAUGAUUUUGAGAGUUGACGUUCAGUCCUUUCACCGUGAAUUAAUUCUAUUUCUGUUUCCUUGUUCAAAUAUUUAUGAAGCCUUCUGGGUUGAAGCCAUGCUGGGCUGAUAUCACUCCAAAAAUUGAUUUCUGACAUAAAUGAAAAGGUAAAAGAAAAAAGCAGGCAUAAUCAAAUGUCACUUUUCAAAACCUUAUCAAAGAUGUUUUAUUUAUUUAAUUGUUUGGUUUGAUUCCUUGAUUGCACUAUAAUUCACUUUAUAAGGCUAGCUAUUACUUGAAGUUUAAAUUGCUUUAGAUAUCUCAAUAUAUGUCUCCACCAACUGUGGACUGGGUAUGUUUAUGUGUAAUGUAAUAAUAGGAAUUAUGUACAUUAAUAAAUAUACUAUAAAGCAGUAGUAAAAAUAAUAGUAACACUGGUAGAUAAAUUAAUCUUGUAAUUGUAAUUGCACUGGAUAUUCAGUCUGAGCUAUACUGUAUGUCUGUAAAUCGAUCUGGUAGCUCUUACACUUAUUUUUCUCCUUUGGGAACUUUGUAAGAGUUGCCUUUUUGUUGCCGUUUCAUGUCACCUAUUUUCUGUUGACAAUCAUCUUACGCCUGAACUAUGGGUCAACUCAACAGUGUGGUUGCCCCAAUUCUGUGUUUGUCAGAGAUAUGCUCUUAUCGCUAAUAGCUACUAGCACUUACUAAAGAUGUAAUAAAUCAGGCAUAACUCAAUAAUUCAAUUGAUUUCACAGCUCUAAUAGCUCUGGUCUCAUUCAUCUCGUGAUAUAUGGUUAUUUUCAUUUAUAUUCAUAUUCUUAUAUCCCAUGUGAUAUUUUUGUUGAAUAUUUAUCUUCAAAUUGAUGAAAGCCUAAAGUCUACUCAUGAUUGAUAUAUGAAGUUUAUGACAUUUUUGAAAAGCCAUAUUGUAAUACAGGGGGCAAAGACCAUAGAGGUGUUUCAUCCAUAUCAUAGAGAAUGCAAGAACGGUAUGGAUGGGCAUCAAUGUGGACUGUAAACCCGUGAGUGCAGUCUCAUAGCUCCAUAAAUCCUGCAGCUACAUCACGGCCCAACUGGAGGCACUGUGUGCCGGGGACUACCGUAGAUUGAAUCUGCAGUGUGUGACUGGGACUACCGUAGAUUGAAUCUGCAGUGUGUGACUGGGACUACCGUAGAUUGAAUCUGCAGUGUGUGACUGGGAUUAGACUGGACAGCAAAAGUCCUGUUAAAAGAACACUGAUUGCCUUCUGCAAGGAGAGCAAUGGUACUGGCAUUAAGGGAAAUCAUUGCCAUCAAGAUUGCUAUUUUUCUUUGUUGACCUACAGUAGUAGCAUAUUUGUGUGUUCUGUUUCGUUAGAAAAAUCUGAAAACAGCCAAAGUUAUUGCAGUUUUAUGAAUGACCACAGAUUUGAUUUGAUGAGAUGUGUGAUUCUAGUCAUGGUGGUGUAAGUCAAAGUGAGCACUCAGUACCUUCUAGAUUAUGACUGAAUGAUAAAUACCACAAAUGCUGUAACCGAUGAAUUAUUGAAUUCCCAUAUGCCCAUGAGCUCCUUCAUGUCUUGGCCAUUAAUAAUCAUUAGUGGUGGAAGUAAUAAUUGCCAUUAAUGUGAAAAGAGUAAUUGGAGAAUUCACAGAAACUAAUAAAGACCAUAUGAACACA